CCAGUCUCUCCACCUUACUCUCUUACACUCGGUACAUCCUCUCGUUCGGCUGGAACAGAUCAUAGACAGCAGCCAUGCGCCUUGCGCGCCCACUCUUUCUCGCCAGUGUCGCCCUCUCCUCCCUCGCGACUCCCGCCCAGCAUGUGUUCGAAUCGAAAGAACCAUCAAAACUACCUCAUGCCAUUAUGGACGUCCUGAACAACGAUACUGACUACGAACUACUCAUCGGUUUGCUCCAACGAGCCAAGUUAAUCCCCACCCUUAACAAGCUCAAUGGCAGCGCCUUCUUUGCCCCAACCAAUGAUGCCAUCAAGCGCCAUUUCUCGUCCAGCGAUCUCUGGAGUGAGAUUUGGUAUGGCGGUGUCGAUGACCUCGCCGAUAAUAUCCAGGAGAAGCUUAGACAACAGCUCUUCUAUCACCUCGUCAACUACACUAUCACCGAUGUACCCCAGGAUCGCGUCCUAGAGUUGGAGACACUCCAUUAUCCCAAAGUCGGCGUUGAUCCUCCCUCUAGAGAUCCCCCGCCGUAUCCUCCGUGGAUGCCCAUAAAGAAGAGCACGCUUGGUGACAAACCACAACGACUGCGUUUCGCGUCGAGAGAGGAGCAAUUAUGGGUGGGCGCAGAUGUGGCUGGUAAUGGAGGUAUUCAGUUGGUGGCAGAUAGGGCUGAGACGGAAGCCGGUGAUGUAUUCAAGGUAGACGGUAUGCUGGAUACUCCGCUCGACAUCAGUCGUGUCAUCGCCGACCAGCCUUCGCUCUCGUAUUUCAACAAGAUCCGAACUUCUCAGAUAGGUCAAGCUCUGAACGGCACCUCUGGUAUGACACUAUUCAUGCCCGUGGACUCUGCCUGGCAAAGCUUGCCCGAGCUUGAGCGACUCUAUCUCGAAAGCGAGUUUGCUGAAGACGACCUUACGCGCAUUCUCAACAUGCAUGCUGUUGUAAAGGAGGGUGUACACUGGUCUGACUCCUUUGAGAAAGGUCUUAAUCUGACUACUGCUCAUGGCUCGACGCUCGAGAUCACAUCGUCUUCAGGUCACGUUCAGGUCUCGAACUCCAGUCUUGUCCAAGGUGACAUCUAUGCAAGCAACGGGGUUCUGCAUCUAGUCGACUCAUUACUAGUUCCACCCGGCGCGUUCCAAUUGACUCCUGAGAAGUACUUGCUGGCGCUGAACUGCACCUCGUUCAUCUCACUUGUCCACGGCAGCAACCUCACGCACCUGAUCAAUGACACCGCCGCUGAAUACACGAUAUUGGCGCCACGAGACGACGUGAUUAAACUCUUCUCGGACGGAGACCUUCCAAAGCCCGGCACAGAAGAACUUAAGAAACUGCUGGAAUAUCAUUUCAUUCCGGGAAAGUAUACGCCAAAGAAACUUAAUGAUGGCAUGUUGUUAGAAACAGCCCUGAAGGAGAAGGGUUUGGAUUAUGCGAGUCAAGUCUUGCAAGUGGAGACUGACCCGGAUGUUCUCGAGGGUGUUGAUCCCCAACACGUCAGAUUUGGAGGCGCUUCCACGAUAGGAGAACAUGUCGAGUUUGGCAAUUCGUUGGUAUACUUCAUGUCACGUCCACUUGAGCUACCUUCGGAUCCUCUUCAAACCGCUUUGCCUUCUCUGGACCUUUCUUCCUUUCUCGCGGCUAUCUUCUCGACAUCCCUAGCUGAUGCGAUCAAGACCCAGCCUCGGACGACCUUCUUGAUCCCUCACAACAACGCUUUCAAGCGGCUAGGAAUGCUUGUCAGUGACCAUCUCCUCGCCGCCUCGUCAAAGUCAGAUCUGGAAAACGUUAUUUUACACCAUAUCCUGGAUAGUGUCCGGUACACUUCGAACCUUUUCGACGGCUCUCAACGGACGUACGCUACACUGCAAGGCUCAGAUGUGCAGUUGGACCGACAAGACAAUGAGACCAUCCUUUUGACUGCAAGCGGAGGCUGGGCUGGCAUGCGCAGUGCUCUGCGACCCCGGAAUACUUUGACCUCGACUGGUGUCAUCCACGAGGUUUCAGAUAUCAUGAUUCCGCGAUCAGUAAAUCUUAAUGUGGCCAAGUUGAUGAAGGCCGCGAAAGGCACCACGAUGGUCAGUAUGCUGUCGAAAGCUGGGUUUGACUGGAUCUUGAACGGCACUGCUCCUCCUGAAGGCUCAAAGUGGGCUGAAGCGGGGCUAGGUGGAGGAGGGUGGACCGUUCUAUGUCCAACGGAUGACGCUUUCAAGAAGACGAACAUCACGCAAUUGUUAGGGGACACCGAAGCAUUGGAAAGGAUUGUCGGCCAGCAUUUGGUCCCCUACACGCCGUCUUCCGGCUCGUCAGACACCUUCGGGCCGUUUGAAGAUACGCUCAACAACAACCGACCUUUGCCCAUGGAGCAGCUUGGAACGUACUCGACGCUUCUCUCCCCGUCUUCAGCGUAUGGAGACGUUGCGUUCCGGGAACUGGAUAUGAAGUCUCCUACUGGGUAUAUGGUCGGCAUUAAGAAUGCGCGUGGCACUGAUGGCAAGGCUGAUUGGGCUCGCGUGAUGUCGUGGGGCCGAGCUACGACUGGUGGAGGGAAGGGCGGAGUCAUCCAGAUCGAUCGUUUGCUCUACCCGUACCAGCCUCCUUGGUGGAUUGAAUAUGGCGCACCAUCGAUUGUGGGUGCGAUCGGUAGCAGCGAAGCGCCGGUCGCUGAAGAGACCAAGAUAUCCGCCCUUGACAAUGUCAAGGCGUUCAUCGCAGGAGGCUUUGGAGGGGCCUCGGCUGUUCUCGUGGGCCACCCCUUUGACUUGACGAAGACCCGUCUGCAGACAGCUGCGCCGGGCACGUACACUGGCGCCGUGGACGUCGUGAAGAAAACCCUCGCUCGGGAUGGCGUAUCGGGAUUAUACCGUGGCAUGGUGCCUCCCCUCCUGGGCGUUACCCCCAUCUUCGCCAUAUCAUUCUGGGCAUAUGACGCGUCAAAACAACUGAUAUUUGCGUUCACGCCAAACCGGAAAACCGAAGCGCUCUCCACCGCCGAGCUCGCUACCGCUGGCUUCCUAUCCGCUGUCCCGACGACACUGGUGACUGCGCCGGUGGAGCGGGCCAAGGUCCUCCUUCAGGUGCAGGGACAGGGAGGCUCUGGGCCGCAGUACAAAGGUGUUUUCGACGUCAUGAGGCAUCUCUACAAGGAGGGGGGCAUGCGGAGUAUAUUCCGGGGGACUGGCGCGACCCUUGCUCGAGACGGCCCUGGUAGUGCUGCAUACUUUGCUGCGUAUGAAGUCACCAAGAAGGCGCUGAUACCUGCGGGCGCCUCAUCCUCUGAUCUGAACUUGAGCGCAAUCAUCCUUGCUGGAGGGACUGCGGGUGUGGCCAUGUGGUCACUGGCUAUUCCUCCUGAUGUACUGAAAUCGCGACUUCAAUCCGCACCUUCUGGAACGUACUCUGGCUUGAUGGACUGCGCACGGAAGACGAUUGCACAGGAUGGUGUUACCGCACUAUGGAAAGGCUUCGGACCCGCUAUGGCCAGGGCCUUCCCUGCCAAUGCGGCUACAUUCCUUGGUGUGGAAGCCUCUCGGAAAUUCAUGGAUAAGUUUUUUUGAAGUAUAAUGUGACUUCACUAUACACGAUACUGCUGGGCAACUACCUAGAAUUGCAAUGCUUCUAUAUUGGAAUACAAUCGCUGGUGGCUUUAGACAUAGCCAUCGAUAUCUGUGCGCAAAUCCAAACACCUCGAUAUACUGUAAAUGACCUGUGGUAAAGGAUAGCUUGCGACUAGUACAUCGAGCGAAAAGGUGCAACCCUAUUGUUAAUUUCGCACAUCGCCAAACCCAUUCUGUGCAGGAAAUCAGCAAGUACAGUAUUGCUAUUUUACUCACUGCAACUUACAAUUAUC